AUGGAAGUCAGGUGUUGCCAGUUCGAAGUCAGGAGCUUCGAGGAGACGUGCCUGUUCCACAAGACGACUUCAGGCUGGAAGAGCAUGAAGACUACGCCAUUUGCGUUGUCCCAGUUACCGUCUGGGGCGACGAUCGACACCUAUAUCCGACAACAUGUGGUCUUCUUCCUCGAUCAACGAAAGGGCAGCAAGUCAUGGCUAGACGAUGUUCUUCAACAAGCGAUACAACACGCAUCAGAUGCCCUGCUCCAAGGAGUUUUGAAUUUGUGGUCUGCUCAUUGCCUUCUCAUGGCAGGCUGGCAGCUAGCCGUACCUGGAGAUCUUGGAAUGUUUCCCGUUAUACAUCAAGGAUCAUUGCUGAAUGGCACAACACCCGCUCCACGUGUGCUUCAGAAUCAGCUGGAUCGAAUGCUAGAACAGUACUGCGCAGACAAAGAGCUCGAGUGCUUGAGCGAACUUCAAAAAUCUAUGCGCAGGCAGGUCAAACGGCCGUGGAUAGUGGUUUUCAUCGUAACAGUCCUCCUCUUACAUAUAAGGGAAAGAGACGUCUGGAGAUUAUUGUACUGGACUCUACACAACAACAAUACGUAUACAUGGCGGCAUCCAGAGCAAGCCAAUACACUUAUAAAGCGAAGUGUACACGCAAGUAAUGUCCUCCUGGCACAUCUAUAUGUUGCUGGGGAUGUGCCUGAUUCCUUCUUGUUUCUUACAACGCAUUAUGCGACUAUUCCUGUUGCAUCAGCGAAGGAAAGAUACCAUUGGAUGAAUGAGGACAGCGCAGAUUUCUCUUUGUGUAGAUUGGCCUUUAUCAGACAAGGGGUAUCCAAUUCUGUCCAAGCAAGCCCUUUGGACUUUGGUUGCUGA